ACCAAAGCAUGCACCCAGCUAAUAACAACGGACAAUUAUAAUAGUAUGAGUAGAUUCUUUGGUUCCUUGUUUAUAUUUUUUCUUUGGGGGCGGGAGGUAAAGUGACUGGGAGAAGCAUCUGAUGGGCAUCGGUGUUACGCAAACGCUUCUGUAGGUGCGUACUUGUUCUCCGAAGUCACGUUAUUCGAGUGAUGCAGAGAGCAAAAAGGAAGAUAAUAGAAUGCCCACUGCCCUGAUCAACAGCGAAAGAAGAAGAGAGGAAGGGGCCAGGAAACUGGCACACUGGUGCAGCACCAGUACUGCGACUUAUCAGUUCAUUUAAAUUCGGGGAGCAACUAGCAUGAGCGAGAGCAAGCAGGCAAUUCAUUAAGAAGAUGAAGUAAUUAAUUCAAGAUUGAAAUUAAUGGGUGUAUUGCUUUCGCGUGGUAAGAAAAAGAGCGGCGACGACUCAUUCUGGAGCGGAAACAACAUCAAUAGUAAUAGAAGUAGCAGUAGUGCUGGAAUUGGAAGCAGCAGCGGAAGCAUGAGAAAAAUAAGAAGCAUGGCCCAACCACACAACACCGACAAGAACAAGAGCAAGCAGUCUUCUUCUUCCUCUGUAAUCAGCAGCAAGAACAACAAGUACUCUUUCAUUCCAGAUUACUUCACUACCCUUGACCAGGUUACAGAAGCCUUGAGAGGAGCAGGUCUAGAAUCAUCGAAUCUUAUCAUUGGAAUUGAUUUCACUAAGAGCAAUGAAUGGGCAGGCAAGACAUCAUUCAGUAAUAGGAGCCUGCAUGCCAUUGGCCAUACUCCUAAUCCAUAUGAGGAAGCCAUUUCAAUUAUUGGAAAGACAUUGGCGCCCUUUGAUGAAGACAACUUAAUUCCUUGUUUUGGCUUUGGUGAUGCCACUACCCAUGAUCAAGAAGUGUUUAGCUUUCAUACUGAUCAUUCACUUUGCCAUGGAUUUGAAGAAGUUCUAGCCUGCUACAAAAAGAUAGUUCCAAAUUUGCAACUGUCAGGUCCAACUUCGUAUGGACCAGUGAUUGAAGCUGCAAUAGACAUUGUGGAAAAUAGUAAUGGGCAGUACCAUGUUUUGGUUAUCAUAGCAGACGGCCAGGUGACAAGAAGUGUCAAUACAAGUGAAAGAGAACUUAGCCCUCAAGAAGAGAGAACAAUUAGUGCAAUUGUCAAUGCGAGUUCAUGUCCACUCUCGAUUGUUCUUGUUGGUGUCGGUGAUGGACCCUGGGAAGAUAUGAAAACAUUUGAUGAUAAGAUACCUGCUCGUGUAUUUGAUAACUUUCAGUUUGUUAACUUCACCGAUAUUAUGUCUAAAAACACAACUUCUUCUGGGAAAGAGACAGCUUUCGCUCUUGCUGCUCUCAUGGAGAUCCCCAUCCAGUAUAAAGCAUGCCGUGAACUCAGUUUACUUGGACACACGACAGGGAAAGCCAAAAAAGUAGUUCCACGCCAUCCUCCCAUUCCUUACACUCACCGUUCUUUACCGGCCAGCGAACCAAGCAAUCUUUCAACAUCUGUGGCAGAUGAAAGAAACCAGGUCUGCCCUAUAUGCUUGACCAGUGGAAAGGACAUGGCAUUUAACUGUGGGCAUAUGACCUGUAGAGAAUGUGGGUCAAGAUUGUCAAAUUGUCCCAUAUGCCGCCAGCAAAUUGGCAGCCGUAUCAGACUAUAUACUGGGUAGUUGCAGCAGUUGGACAAAAAUGAGCAGAGGUUAUAUAUAUAUAUAUAUAUAUAUAUAUAACUUUACCUUGUGCUUUAGGUGUGAGUAUCACCAAUGUAAGUAGCUACUGAGAAAUGUCUUUAUGAUGAACUGCUGUGAACUGCUUGUUUUAUAUAUGCAUGUUUCUAUCUUCCAAUAUAUAUGUAGUUUCUCACCGUUGAAUUAAAUUUUUUUUUUUUGUUCAUUUUAUGUUUGUUUCAGAAUUCAAGCAUGGAUAGUGUCAAUUUGUAAUUAUACAGCUUCAAGAUUCACAGUGCCAGUGGAUGGCUAUGGUUUUAAUACAAACAAGUUGUAUUGAAA